AUGAUUUACCUAGGCGGGACCCGUAUUCGCCGACGGCCGGUAGCUCCAACGGCUGGAGCGCGGAGAAACCAACCGAUGCAUCGUCGCCUUGCUGCACGUAUGCGUACAGAUGCUGAGGAGGAUGAGGAGGAUGCUGAUGCUCGGGUUGUGAGACGAGCAAAUCCAAGAACUCAUGCUCAACCUGAGGAUUCUACAGACUCGGAGAGAGAACGGGCUGACCAGGAGCCAGCAAAGAAAAAAAUAGGAACAAAGAAAGCAGCAAAACUUGCCGAAAAGGAGCGGAGAAAAGAGGAGCGUGAAGCUGAGGAGCGAUACAGGGAACACCAAAGAAAGCUUGAAGAUCAGGAAAUAGAAAAACGGAAAAAGGCAGAAGAGGCUGAAGAGCAAGCUGCUGCGGCUGCUGCUGCUGAAGAGGCCAAACGGCGAGCGGAAGAAGAGGCUCGUGAACAGGCAGAAUAUGAACGUUUGAAAAAAGAGUUCAGCAUUGAGGAAGAAGGGACGGAAGCUAUUCCACGGGACGGGAAAGCCGAAGCCGAAUUCAACGCUCUUCUGAUCUCGACCAUUCAGUCGGCUAAAAUAAUCUCGAUCGAACAUCUAGCUCUCGAAUUUGGUAUGAAAACUGAAGCAUGUAUCGAGAAAUUAAAAAGUCUGCUCGCUUCGGGACAAUUAACAGGCCUAUUGGAUGACCGGGGUAAAUUUGUGUACAUUACGGAUGACGAGUAUGAGGCCGUGGCUCAGUUUAUUACCAGACGUGGACGUGUCACUUUGGCUGAGCUGGUGGCCAACGGAAACAAGUUGCUUCGACUCUCAGGAGUCUCUCGACACUGA